CUAAAGUGAGAGAGGCAGGAGAGGAUCGUGACUUCCAUAACAAGAAAGUUCAUUUUCACCAUGGAGACUGAAAAUCAGGAGCAGACAGAGGCAUUUAACAACACUCCAUGGCCCACUGUUACCCUCCCUGACUGGAUGUCAGGUUUACCUGACCAUCUUCUCCUUUCCAGAGUCUCAAUCCCUGGUACCCAUGACUCCAUGAGCCUCCUUGGUGACUUGAAGAUCUGCUGUCAGAGCUGGCCUCUCGAGGCUCAGCUGGCUGCUGGCAUACGCUUUCUGGAUAUCCGCUGCAAACUAGAAGGUGGCCAUUUCCUUAUCUACCAUGUCAACACUUUCCAGGAGGCUGAUUUUUCUGAAGUUCUGAACAAGACAAUGAGCUUCCUCAGGGAACACCCACAGGAGACUGUACUUAUGAGGGUCAAAGAGGAACUCCCAGUUAUUCCCAAAGAAGACUUUGCCCCCCGUUUGCGGCAGUAUUUGGAUGAAGAAGGCCAGGGCUGUGUUUGGACAAAGGAGGCCAUUCCCACCUUAGGCCAGGCACGAGGCAAGGUGGUCAUCUUGGAGGAACUGGAGAAAGAGGUGCUGGGAGUGCCAUAUGAGGAACUGAGUGUUGGCGAUGCCUGGCACGUUUUCUCCGCAGAGCACAAAUGGGACCAGGUUAAGGAGCACCUUAAUGCAGCAGCUAAUGGUGACCAAGCUGUCAUGCACCUUACGUAUUGCUCUGGUAAUGGGCUUUUCACCAACCCUGAGGAACUAGCCAAAUAUAUCAAUCCACGCUGCUAUGAGCACCUGAGGGCUCAGGCUGGGGAGGUUGUGCGCUGGGGUGUGGUGAUAAUGGAUUUUCCUGGUACAGGACUGAUUUGCACCAUUGUGGAGAGUAAUUUGGAGAUGGGGACUGGCCACACAAACACUUAGCUUGGUAGAGGUUAGUUUUUGUUAAGAGAUGUACUAAGGAAGCCAAGUUAAGGAGGGCCUAAUCUAUAAUCACAGAUAUUUGCAGGCAGGUUGUGAUCACCUAGUGGUGUCCAGAAUCACUUUGUUUUGUCCAUUAUUCAUUUACUACUGACUAGUCCAUUUGACUUUGUUCUGUUUGCCAACAUGAAGUUCAGUGAAGUGUUUUAAGGUGGGUGAGACCAGAGCUCAGUGGUAGCCCAUGCUUUGCAUGCAGAUGUUCUCAGGUUCAAUCUCUGGCCUUUCCAGGCAGAGUCCAGAAAGAGCCCUGUCUAUUAAAAAGAAAUGCACAUGAAAAGUCAUGUUUCUAUACAUAUAAUAAAAAUCUAAGAAUGUUGUCACACUGCAGUUCACUUGGCCAAUGACUGAGGGCGCUGUGAACUACAGUAUGGCAACAGCUUAGCAAUAGCAGCAGAGUGGAUGGGGGGGGAGGCUUUCUCCUCUUCAUUUCACUCUCCCCCACUGAUGACAUGAUGAUCCUUUCAACCUUAGACACCAUAAGUUAAAAUGUUGAGCGCAAGGUGGAUGAGACCUCCCCCUUUCCACCUCAUGCUGCUGCCACUGUCACUCCAGAGCCAGUGGCUGGCUGGCUGCCACUUCUGGGUGCUUUCCAUUUCCAUCUCAUGCCAUCAUGGCCUCUGGCAGGGAUGGGGAAUGAGGGACAGAAAGUCUUUCCUCACAUUCAUCACCCCAUCACUUCUGAGCUCUUUAUGCUGCAGUUAGCAGCACCAACUUGUCUGUGGCCAAGCAAAGUGCAUGUGGUGACAUUCUUAGUUUUUUAUUAUAUGCAGUGCUUUUUUCUGGGGGGAU